AUGGACGGAUCAUUGAAAGCCAAGGUAAUUGCCGUGACGGGCGGCGCGUCGGGUAUUGGCCUCGCUGUUGCAGAGAAACUGCUCAAAGUGGGCGCGAAUGUCGCCAUCGCCGAUCUGGCCAAAGACGCUCCCAGCAGUCUCAGCGCGGCAGCGACAUCUGGUUCCGAGUAUAGCUAUACAGUGGUAGACGUGUCUUCGAGAGACGCCGUCCACAAAUGGGUCAAGGACACGGUAGCGCGGUUUGGCCGUCUUGACGGCAUGGUCCCGAAUGCCGGCAUCGCCCACCAAUCCAACACGUACGACGACGAGGUUCUGCAGCGGACGCUGGCGAUCAAUGUCGUCGGGGUGUGGAACUGCGCCACCGAGGCCUACUACCAGUUUCGAAAGCAGGGCUCCAAGGGCUCCAUCGUCAGUACCACCAGUGCCAACGCAAUCAGGCCGGGCGCGUUCACUGCAGCGUACAAUGCCUCUAAAGCCGCCGUUGCCAGCUUCACCAGGACGUGGGCGAUUGAAUGGGCCGAACAGGGCAUUCGCGUGAAUACAGUCGCGCCCGGCAUGCAGCAAACUCUGCUACAGUCCGCGGACGCAGGCGACGAGGUCCCAGCGACCAUCCUCGCGUUCGUCAAGGAGAAAACCCCCAUGAGGCGAAUAGGCCAGCCGGAAGAGCUGGCGGAAAUGUAUGUGUUUUUGUUAUCGGACGCGGCCUCGUUCAUCACGGGCGCGACCAUGAGCGUCGACGGUGGGCUUACGGCGGCUGUGAUGAACAGGAGACUAUUAGAAUGGCAAGAUUCCGGCACGCUGCACUUGGUGAAAAGCAUUGGCUCUGUCGGGUAUAACACCAAUUCAGUUAUCAUGGAACGGAACGAAAUCUGUGUCUUCACUGAUGACCAUCCACCAGACGAAGCCCGAGACAAGAGUUUCGGUUUCUUUGCCCCGAUCAUCGUCCAUGUCUCGUACCAUGUCAAGGCGAUGGUGAUGGCGAUGCCCCCACCUUCCCUGGACAAAAUCCUCCUUAAACUGGAGUCUGAUAGCGCCGACCAUGAUGUGGUCACUUGUCGCAUUUCUUCUCCGCACGGGAUGGCAACAACCACAACCACAACCACGCCGCUUCAAGCCAGAAUGUCAACGUCGUCUCCAAGAUGCGCCCUCGUCACAGGUGGAGCAUGCACGCAUGCUCGGUGGUACUCUUUGAUAACACGGGCGAGAAACUCGGCCACGCGACCAGCUUCGGGGAUGGGAUUGAGCGUUGUGCAAGACUUGGUCAGUCAAGGCUGGAACGUCGAGAUUGUCGACCUCGACGUCAAAAUGGGCCAUGACGCCGAGGCCCAGCUGGGCCAGAAAGUCCACUUUACCCGCGCAAACGUCGUCGAUUAUGGGCAGCAAGCGAGCGCGUUUGCACAGGCAUGGAAGAGAUGGGGGCGGAUUGAUCUAGUUUUUGCAAACGCGGGUAUUCUGGAUCGCGCCGACUUUAGCGCCCCAGCUCCAGAGGACGCUUCAACCGGCGCUCCCCCCAAGCCGGACGUCUUGACCGUCGACGUGUGCCUGUACGGCGUCAUCUGGUCGUCGUAUCUCGCUCUGCACUUCUUUCGCAAGAACCCAGACCGCAGCGGCAGGCUCGUCAUCACGUCGAGCCAGGGUGGCAUCUAUCCGACACCGCUGGCGCCGCUGUACGGCUGUGCCAAAACGGGGAUUGUCGGAUUCGUCCGCUCUCUCGGCCUGCGUAUAAAAACCCUCGGCGACCCCAUCACAGUCAACUGCAUCUGCCCGGGCCUAGUCCCCACGCCACUGGCCAACACGGCCCUCCUGGCCGCCAUCCCCGAGGACAUGCAGACGCCGACCUCGACGAUCAUCGAGGCCGUCAACCUCUUCAUCAAUGACGCCUCCCUAUCCGGCCAGGUCGCCGAGUGUAGCGGGACCGACGUCAUUCUGCGCGAGGGCCUGCCCUACGCCAACGCCGCGGCCGAGUACAUGGGCGAUGGCAAGUCGGCGGACCGGAUUGAUUUUGCCGCCGCGGUCGCGGACAUCAGGGACAAGGCGAGGCAGUAUGACCAGAAGUUGAGUAUGGUGGGGUAG